CCAAAUGUUAUGUUAUGUUUCUAUUUAGAGGUGCCAAAUGUUAUGUUAUGUUUCUAUAUAGAGGUGCCAAAUGUUAUGUUAUGUUUCUAUAUAGAGUUGCCAAAUAUUAUGUUUCUAAAUAGAGAGAUGCCAAAUCUGCCAAAUAUUAUGUUAUGUUUCUACUUAGAGGUGCCAAAUGUUAUGUUAUGUUUCUAUAUAGAGGUGCCAAAUGUUAUGUUGUGUUUCUAUAUAGAGGUGCCAAAUGUUAUGUUAUGUUUCUAUAUAGAGAUGCCAAAUGUUAUGUUAUGUUUGUUAUGUUUCUAUAUAGAGGUGCCAAAUGUUAUGUUAUGUUUCUAUAUAGAGGUGCCAAAUAUU